AUGGACAAGAAGCCGGCAGGAAAGAUGUCGACCACAGGGACUCCGGGCGAUGAGGCUAAUAAGAAGAGACCAUCUGUAACAGACCGACUGAGCUCAACCUCUUCCUCGAAAUCGACGACCUCGCCGUCCACGAGCCGCACCAGCGCGCUGUCGUCCCGUGCCAAUGGCACCACCAUCACCAAGCCACCCACAAGACCUGUAUCCGCCACCGUGCGCAAAGCAACUGCAAAGCCCACGGAAGAUGCUGUAUUAAAAGACGAGAACCGUAGAUUGGCCAGAGCUAGCACACCCACCGCUGCCGCUUUGAGCUCGAGGCCCUCGAACCCCGAAUCGAACACAACCAAGACAGCAGCGACGACUCGACGAACCACGCUGGGAGCCAGUAAUGCUACAUCAGCUCCACCUAAGAGGCCCUCGACAUUGACCUCACGCACCAGUGCUGCGAGCCCUACGGUCGGUUCUACGACAUCCGCUAGGUCACGCCUAGGGACCUCGUCCACAGUCCCAUCUCGGCCAUUGUCCCGAGCAGCUAAACCCACAACACCAACGGAGAGUGCAGUCUCCUCCGAAGGUGAUAGUUCCCGGAGUGUGACGAGCACUGCACGUCCUGUGUCAAGGGACACCAUUGCGGAAGAGCCCGAGUCGACGAGUAGCGUUGCGGCUAGUGUGCGGUCUCUUGACGCACCCUUCUCACCAGCAUCUCCACGAAAGCUGGAGAUCCGCUCUAACAAGUCUGCCACCCCGAUGUUGAAACCGCAGGCCGCCUCCGACGCUGAAACUGAAACCAAACCGAAAUCAACUUUUCGCCAUGGCCGUUCACAGUCGAACCAGGUCGAGAGGCCUUCGACUGCGCCUGGCAAGAAGCUCACGGAGCAGGAACAGAACAUGCGUGAGAUGGAAGUUAUGCAAAGCUUCUUGCGUGAGAGCAUUGCCAGGGACACCCUAGCAGCGGAAAUUGUUGAUCUAAAAGCGGAGAUAUCAAAACUUGAGCGCGAGAACAAGAGGCUUGACGAGACAUCGAAAGCGGCUCCUGUCAAGGAUUUAGAUGCUAAAAAUGAAGAUGCAGUCGCGGAACUGCUUGAGCAAUUGGAGUCGGCCAAUGCAACACACGAGAAAGCCAUUUCCGAAUUGGAAUCAGCACACGCCGGAAAGGUGGACUCUCUUGAGUCUGAGCUUGAAAGUUAUCGCAAUCGGUCGUCUCGGCUUGAGGGGGUGGAAAGCAAGAUUGGCGCUGUGCAAGAGGCGCUCGAAGAGAGCAAGACUCGGGCAUCGCAAAACGAAAAAGAUCUCCAGCAAGAGUUGCAGGAGAAGGAACAGGACCGUGGUCAGCUCGCURCGGUAGUAGAGGAGCUGCGAGAGGAGAUCGAUCGCUGUCAACUCAAACUUGACGAGGACACCAAGGCACAAGCAAAAGAAAAGGAAGAGGCAAAGCAGGCCGCCGAGACAUUGAGGAAGGAGAUGGAAGACUUGAAAGCGCAAAGCGCAGCGGCCGUGGCGAAGGCUCAUGAGACGGCUACGCAGCUUGGCAGAGAGUUAGCCGAUGAGCGGCAGCAGAAUGUUGACCGCGCCGCGGCAGAGGAGAGUGCAUCUCAGGAAUUCCGCGAACAGACUUCGAAGAAGAUCCAGGCGCUGGAAUCGUCCGUUGACACUGCUGAGCAGGCCGCAGAGCAACUUAGCAAAGACCUAGAAACGGAAAGGCAACGUGCACGGGAAAUCGAAGCACGCGCGACCGAUGAAGCGGCAGAUGCCUCUGGACGCCUCGAAGAAGCUGCGAGGGAGGCACACCAGCGCGAGAUCGAAGAGCUGCGAAAGGUCGCUGACGAAGCCGGAGAGGCAAACACGCGCCUGCAAGCCGAGAUCGAUGUCAUUCGUGCUCAGGAGGUCGAAAAUGCCGAAAUGCAUAAGGCUGCCUUGGAAAGCUCUGCAGAUAUCAUCAAACGGUUGGAGAUGGAAGCCGAUAAGCUCUCGACGUCGCACGCUGCCGAGCUGGAGGGACACCUUCAGCGUGCUCAAGAUAGCGAUGCCUUGCUCGGAGACCUUCGCAAGCAACUGGACGAUGCGACUCAAAACAGGGACCUUGAACAGAGCAACGACGAAGAUUCGAAGAAGCAGACCCAACAAACGAUCGAGCACCUCCGGGACGAGCUUGCUGAGCUGAAGAAACUCCGAGAGACUGAACAGGCCAGUCGUGCCGAAUCUGACAAGAGCACGAAGCAACUUAUAGGGAGUCUCCAGGACCAGAUCCAAAAGUUGCAACACGACGGGAGCGACGCAAAUACAAAUGCAGAGGGACUUCAGACCCAACUCGAUGAACUUCAGCGGACGAAAGUCGACCUCGAGGAGAAGCACAGGCAGGACCUCCAGAACCUCCAAGAUACCAUUGAUACGUUGCAAACCGACAGUCGGAGUCUUGGAGAUGUGCAUUCGCAAGCCUUGGCGCUGAAGGACGAAGAACACCAGUCAACCAAUGUGGUGGUUCAGGACUUACAGAACAAGGUUGUGGAGCUACAGCAGCAACUCCAAGAUGCCAAGCAUUCGAAGGAGCAGAGCAUGAGCYACAUGGACGAAGUGAUCACAUCUCUUCGCGAAGAAACCAGGGCUGUGAAGGAGAAAACCGCCGCGCAAAUCGUUGCGAGGGACAACGAGAAGAACGAGCUCAGAAAGGUAAUCGAGGAACUCCAAGGAAAGAUCGUUGAGCAUCAGCAGAGUGCAGAAGAYUCGAGGGUUCAGGCCGAGACAGAGAGUAGCAAUGUUGGAAAGGCACUGGAAGGGCUACAGAACGAGCUACAAGUACUUCAGCACAAGCUUCACGACGAGCAAGCUGCUCGCCAAACUGCUGAUCAGCAGACAAAAGAGCUGCAGCGGAUGCAUGACGAUCUUACAAGCCAACACGAGAAGCUGCAAGCCGCCGUUGCGACUGCCGAGCAGCAAUCAGAGGAAGUCCAGCGACUUCAGUCAGACCGAGACRAGAUCCAGAAACAGUACGGAGAUCUCGAGUCGCGCCAUCAUGUUGUAGUAGCGUCGGCCAGUGAGAAGCAAGCCAAAUUGGACGAGCUCGCCGUACUGAUUGCGGAGGCAGAGGAAGCAAAGUCCGCUGCAGAAAAGUCGUCGUUGAAUGCGCAAGACGAGCUGAAGAGCCUGCAGAAAGUUCUGGACACUUUUACGCAGGAUGGGGAUGAAAAGGAUGCACAUCACGCCAAGGCGAUCGCGAGGCUGAAGGCCGAGCUCGAGGAAAGCCGCGAUUCUGCUCUCCAUGCACUCAAGGACAGUCACGUUGCAGAGAUUGAGAGGAUAAGUCAGACCUUGACUAGCGAGCGCGAAAACCUCGCAAUUGACUUUCAGGAUAAGCACGAAUCGUUGCUGAGAGAAAAGCAAGCGCUAGAAAAAAAGCUUGGGGACAUUGCGAUGCAACAUAACCGGGAGCUUGAAGAAGAGACACAGAGGCACGAGGCAACGUACAAAGAGCUCCAUGCUAGCUUUUUACAGCUGAAGGAGGCACAUGCUCGUGUUCACGCUCAGCUUCAAAGUGUGAUGGAAGAGCUGAAGAACGAACAUGCACACACUAUUGCAGCGCUUGCCGGAGAGCAUGCCAACAGCUUGAGAGAUAUGAUGACACAACAUUCGGCGCAGAUAGAGGAGAUUGAGGCUGCCGCGUUGAGGAAAUCCCACGAACUCGUUGCUGAAAGAGAUCGAGCCCACGAAGCCGUGAUCGCAGCACUAAAGGCUGAGCACGGUAUUCUCCAACAGACUAUCGCCGCAGACAGAGAGCAAGCCCAUCAAUCGGCUAUUGCAAUUCUCAAUGCCGAAUAUGCUAGCAAACAUGAAGCUGUGAUAGCCGCCCUCCACCAGGAGCACACUGCCAUCCGUGAGGCAGCUCUCGCGGCUCUCAGAGCAGAUUUGACUGACGAGCACAUUGCCACAUUGGCGAYGCCCCAUUCACGCGUUGCAGACAGUGCAAACACAACUACCAUAUCAAGCGACGGGUUGGACGGAAGGUCUCAAGAUGCCUCGCAAGUGCCGUCGACGCUCACAACGCCCAAAAAUGACGGAAUUCCCGAGAAAGGGCUGUCUCAUGUUUUCGUCCACCUUUCCGAUGAGUCCGAGCAGGGCGAUUUACUCUCGUCGGCAACUUCAUCCGCCAAUGUUUUGGAGGACGAUGAUGACUUUUCGCCAAUUCUGGACCACACCGGAGAUGGCAAGGGCGCGGGCGCUGAGGCUGGCCUUCAGAUUCAGCUCCAAAAAGACAACGCGAGCCUGAACGCAAUGUUGCAAGCUGCGCAGCACGAGAUCGCUACUCUCAAGAGCGUAAAAUUGGGAGCCGAGGAAUUGCACGCUGCGCCACAGGAACACGUCACGCCAGAAAUGAGAAAUACAACAGCGACUUGGCGUGGAGACGCAGCCGCAAUCCAUGACGACCUGAGCAGAGCCACCGCAGACGGCUCCAUGUCGUUGGAGGGCACGAUGGAGAGUCUUCGUGUACAAACGCAGCAGCUCCUUGAGCUUAACGACGAUUUUCUGGCGGAGCAGCAGAGAUGGACCGGAAGACUUCGACGGAAUGACAGCAUCCAGGCGAGAAGCUCGCCACUGAGAGCAGCAUCUUAG